GGUUAACACUAAGUUAACGUUUGACUAGAAAAGGAUGCAGCUGCUCAGACCACACUGAGGCCUCAGGAGUGAGUCGCUCAAUCGCUCCGAUAAGUGUGAACAUGACGCUCCUGAUGCAUCUGUGGUUGCUUCCAUUCCUUUGCAGCAUUGCUGCUGGGAAGGACCUGGAGGAAAAGAAGGGCGCCUUCGUGAACACACAGCUGGAUGUGCCAGAGGGAACACCAGUGCCGUAUCCCAUGUAUCAGUUUGAAGUGGCCCAUCCAGGGGUUAAUAGUUUCAGGUUGAAUGGAGAAGGUAAAGAGGACAUCAUGAUUUCAAAGGACGGGUGGCUCUACCUGGAAAAGCCUCUGGACUGGUCUCGAGAGGACCAUUACACUUUAAUGGUGGAGGCGCUGGCAGACGAUGAAGUUGUGGAAGGACCAGUUUAUGUGACCAUAAAUGUUUUGGACGUCAACAACAACGCUCCGUUCUUCAACCAGAGCGCGUACACAGCUGUGGUCAGGGAAAACUAUCCAGCGGGUGUCCCAUUUCUUCGCGUGUUUGCGUUGGAUCAUGACGACCCAGAGACUCCCAACGCUCAGCUGAGCUACAGCCUGGUCAGCCAGAUCCCCAACAAACACCCCACCCCCCUGUUCCAGAUUGACACUAACACCGGAGAGAUCUCCACCACAGAAGCAGGGACACAGCAUCUUAAAGCCAGAGAAGGCAUCCACUAUGCCAGAGGAGAAGAUCACAGCAUUGAUGCUCUGAGGACAAAGUUUAACGACUACUGUCCAGUGCAGAAGAUCCCCUUCGAAGAAAACCCCUUCUUCACCUGUGUGGAAAGGGCAGAAAUUAGGAGGAGAAAUGUCAACCCCUUGGAGGACCCAGACUACACCCUGACAGUGCGCGUGCAGGACCUGGGGGGAGCGUCGCAGACCGCGCUCAGUGGCAACACCAGGGUGCACAUUGUUGUGCAGCAGAACCUGUGGGUCAAUCCUGGACCGAUUACUGUUAGAGAGCACUUGAAGGAAACCUACCCUGUGGUCAUCGCAAAGGUCCAGUCUAAUGAGCCAGAGGCCGUGUACAUGUUAAUGCAGAAAGAACGAGAGCAGAAAUUCCCCUUCCAGAUUACAGCGGAUGGAGAAAUACAUCUGACAGAGGAGCUGGACAGAGAAGACAAAGACACGUACAUCCUGGUGGUAUUUGCAUUAGAUAACGAUGACAAACAGGUGGAUUCACCCAUGGAGAUUCAGGUCUUGGUGGAGGAUGUGAAUGACAACGCACCAGUGUGUGCAAAUCAGGAGACUGUGUUUGAGGUGCAGGAGGAUGAGCCUGUAGGCAGCCUGGUCGGCGUGUUGUUGGCCCAUGACGACGAUCAAGUCGGGACACUGAACUCUCAGCUGACUUACGCCUUCUUGUCCCAAAAUCCACCCACCUCGGCCAACGCCUUCGCCAUUGACGCCGCUUCUGGAAGAAUCCAGGCCCUGCGCCCGCUGCAGCGCAGGGACCAGCAGGUCUUCCACCUCAACGUCAGAGUCACCGACCCAGUUUUCAGCACAGAAUGUAAGGUCGUCGUCAAGGUCAUCGACGUCAACAACGAGAUGCCCCUUUUCGAGAAGAGCGAUUACGGAGGUCACACUCUAGCGGAGGACACGCCAGUGGGACACACGGUGGCGACCAUCAGAGCAACAGACGCCGAUGACCCAGACAGCGGCAGCUCCCUGAUUGAGUUCCAAAUCACUGCUGGCGACGACGAGGGGAUUUUCACCGUGGAAACCGACGGGAAAGGCGUCGGCCAUGUGGUCGUAGUUAGGCCUCUGGACUUUGAGUCCUCCGCCUCCUACAAGCUCCAGAUUGAUGCUCGUAACCCGGAGCCGCUGUUGAAGGGUCUGGAGUACGGCAGCAAUUCCACGGCCUUCGUCUCGGUGUCCCUCACCGACGUGGACGAGGCUCCAGAGUUCAGUCUGCACAUCCUGGAUGUGACUGUGCACGAAAACAUCACCAAGGGAUCGGUGCUGCUCACUGUGGAGGCGAAAGAUCCAGAGGGCAAAGAGAUCAGUUUUAAGAUGGACGGUGACACUCGGGGCUGGCUGACCAUCGAUGCCGCCACAGGAGAGAUCAAGACAAGAGACAAGCUGGACAGAGAGAUCCAGGAGACUUUUGAAGUCACUGUCACUGCGUUUGAGAAAGAUAAUCCGGUAAAGUUGUCUGAGCGCGUCGUUCAUGUGAGGCUGCUGGACGUGAACGACAACGUGCCCAAACUGAUUGAGACCCAGGCCUUCAUCUGUGUGAAGAAGCCCCAACCUGUGAUCAUCAAGGCCCAGGACGCAGACAGCGCCCCCUUCUCACAGCCCUUCACCUUCGCUUUCGCCCAUGGCAAGAAAUCCCCCAACUGGGAACUGAAAAGUAUUGAAGGUACGGCAGCUAAGCUGACCCUGAAGAAAGCUCCAACUGAAGAUAAAACUUUCCUUCUCCCCAUUAAUAUUAAAGACAAGACAGGCAUGGGGAUCACACAAAUGUUUGAGGUGAGAGUGUGUAACUGCACAGAGCUGGGCUACUGCUUCAUGGCACCAGAUGAGCGUAGCCUUAGCUUUGGGAUAGGACCCACCAUCGGGAUCUUCGGCGGCGUUAUAGGAUUCUGCAUUAUUGCUUUCGUCAUAGUGAUCAGGCGUGCGAAUAAAAGGGGCAAGAAGACUGAAGGAGAAGAGAGGGCCGCCAUGAUGUAGACACACACGAACACCUUAUUUGUACUUUUAUACUUGUGAGGACUUUCUCUGUCACAAUUACGCCUUCAGGCACCUGAAUAAAUGUGUGGUUUUUAAAUGCCAUCCUCAAACCAAGACCCCUAGACUAACUCUAUAGCUAUUUACAAUAAUUACAUUUUUGCAUUUGCUUUAAAAAAGAAUGAAUUAUUAACGCACACUUAUACAUAACAUUAUUUUUUGUGUCGCUUUGUCAGUGCUUUGAAUACCUAAUUACAGUCAGAUGUCCCAUUCUAAUCAUGCAUAUGCCUUUUAACGUAUUUUAUUUGAAGUUUUCUCCUGGACUCAGGGUGCCAUUAGUAUUUUAAUCACCUCAAAUACAUCAUUUAGUUUUUAGCCCUGGGCUUUUGUGUU